CAUGCAACCUAACCUUGGACACCAAAGACGACCGAUAUUACAAAAACAAAUGUUACAAGAUGCGAAUCUAUCUCAUACAUUCUCUGGUACUUCUUACACCUUAGAAGAGUAUGAGGAGAUUAGAGAAAAAUUAAGUAAACAACUAGGUCCCGAAUAUAUUAGUACAAGACAAGGGCCAGCUGGUGCUGGGAGAUUGGUAUAUAUCGAGGGAUGGAAAUUGAUCAAUUUAGCAAAUGAUAUCUUUGGUUUUAAUGGAUGGACAUCCAGCAUUCAGGAUAUCACUAUCGACUUUGUUGAAACCUCACAAGAUACUGGAAAAGUCUCGGUUGGUAUAUCAGUAACGUGCAGAGUAACUCUCAAGGACGGUACAUAUCAUGAGGAUUUGGGUUACGGCAUCUGUGAAAACUCAAAGAGUAAGGGCGCCGCAUUCGAGAAGGCCAAGAAAGAAGCCAUGACAGAUGCGCUCAAGCGUGCCCUACGAACAUUUGGCAACGCAAUGG